AUGUGCACCGGCAAGUGUGCCCGCUUUGUGGGGCUGUCUCUCAUCCCCCUCUCCCUGGUCUGCAUCGUGGCCAACGCCCUCCUGCUGGUGCCCAAUGGGCAGACCACCUGGACCAAGGACCACCUCAGCUUGCAAGUCUGGCUCAUGGCUGGCUUUGUUGGUGGGGGCCUGAUGGUACUUUGUCCUGGAAUUUCUGCUGUCCGGGCCGGGGGCAAAGGCUGUUGCGGUGCAGGCUGCUGUGGAAAUCGCUGCAGGAUGCUGCGCUCAGUCUUCUGCUCAGCUAUCGGGUUGCUUGGCGCCAUCUACUGCCUCUCGGUCUCGGGAACCGGGCUCCGAAUUGGACCACAGUGCUUAAUGAACGGCUCCUGGGAUUACCACUUCCAAGACACCGCAGGCUCUUACCUGCUCAACCGCACGCAAUGGAACUUUUGCGUGGAGCCGCCCAAUGUGGUCCUCUGGAACGUGACGCUCUUCUCGCUGCUGGUGGCCGCAUCGUGCCUGGAGAUCUUGCUCUGUGGGGUGCAGCUGGUGAACGCGUCCAUUGGUGUCCUCUGUGGCGAUUGCAGGAAGAAGCAGGGCUCCUCUCAGUGA